GCACUACGGAGUAGUACGCUUUUGCUGCCCUCGACGGGGUACGUGUGGCGGGAUUACAUUGUAAGGAUGCAGUUAGCUUGCACGAGAUGAUGGUUCAAGCCUGUAUGACAAUCUGCAACCUUUCACUGGAUAUUCCUGUUCAUUUUACUGUCAUUAAUUAUGACAGUAAAAUGACCACAACAUGUGAAAAUGAAUCAUUUACUAUUUCGUAUUAAAUGAAUGAUUUAUACAUCGUGUGUGCCGGUAAACCUUGGUGGUUGUUCGGAUAACUACAUAUUUUGCCGACGAAGAACACGCAGAAUGAACUGGUUCGAGAAAGGAUGCGUCCGCGCCGCGCCUGCGUUCAAGCGGCGGACGUCCCAACAUGACCUGAUGGGUGACAUGCUUCGCCAAGGACACUUGUCUCAUCGAUCGGCAAGCAAGCUCUUUGAGGCUCCCAAAUCGACCGUGCUCGAGCCUCUCCGAACUACCGAAGUGUCGAGUACAGAUGCGCUCGAAUCGUUUGCGUUACAGGCGUCCCACUACCGUUUCCGUCCCAGCAUCUUGCUGCCCUUCGCCGCGUGUGCCAGCGCUUCGUUCGGUCACAUCUUGGGCGCAGUGUCUCCAACCCUGAGCACAUCUUACGCUGCGGGUGUCAAGUUGGCCAUUGGCGACUACUACAACGACCAGAUUCGUGAGAUCUAUGCCGAACUGCCCGAAGCCCCAGAAGCGGUCCCUUUGAAAGAGCUCUUCAAGACGUUGCGCGAUGCGUCCCUUGCCGACGUCGAGCGUUUGUUCCCUUCCAUCGAGGCGGCCAAGCAAGAUGCUGUCGCCCAAUAUGCUAAGACCAUUACCCAAGUAUUGCUGCGUCCAGGGUCUGAAGUGUGAGCGCUGAUUCAAACACGAAACAAACGUCUUGUUGCAUUCGAAACAAACGUCUCAUUCAACAUAAACCGCACUAUGAAUCGUACAUUAUAUGUACUAACUAGUACCAGUUAGUUUACCAACA